GGUCGCCUCGUUUCGUUUCGUUCGUGCACGUCAGUUGAAUCGCGCAGGUGGCGCUGUAGGCACGCCGCGGGACGCAUGCGUGCUCAGCUGCGAGCCAGCCGCCCUCGGGACGUUCAAUUGACAGCUCACAAUAGUUUCAUGAUUUAUUUUAUAAAAUAAAAAAAAUAUCAUUAACAAAACAGUCAAACAAACUUGGGCUUUUAUUAACAGAAAAGUGUUUCUAAGUAUUGACAACGACAGUGUUUUUUUAAUCGAGUUUUGUUUUAUGCAUCCAACUAAAUAGUUAAACAAAAGUAUCGAUUGUUAAAAUAGGGAGAAAAAAAGAGUUGGUGUAAUCCUUGUGAUAGCUAAAUCUUGUAAAUCGACUUUUUGUGUUUAGUUCUGCAACAAGUGCCGCUAUUUGUGGUUCGGAGCCGCCGGGAACCAGUUUUUGGAGACCGUUGUCUUUUUUAUUUAUACUAUAUUAGUUCGUAUGGUACCUAUAGUUGUUUUGCGAGUGAUUGUGCAGUGAACGUGGCUUGGUGGGAUGCUGCAAUCUCUUGCAAGUGGAUCGCACUGACUGUUGUCGCCUUGUUUGCACGAUAGUUUCCCAGCGGAUGCGGGUCGGGGCAGUGGUGGCGAGGCGAAGAAUGAUCACUCUCAGAACCAACAGCCCCCGGCGAAAUGGCCGCGCUUUCCUGUUACCAACCGUGCCGCUCGCAUCUCGCUCAACCCGCUAGGUGUUUAGACGACGACAAUCAGCACGCGGCGACUCUAUCCCUCCGGCGGCGGCAGUUUAUCGAGCGGUGCCAUGAGGCUAGGGGCGUGCGGCACUCCGACCUGAUCCCCGAGGUGUCGGUGAAGCGAACAAGGGAGGAGCUCGCCAAGCAUGCGGCACAAACGCUCCCGCUGAACCGGCGGCUCAACGUCGAGUCCAGCUGGUCGAAGGUCGAGGAGGUGCGCAAGAAGUUUGAAGGCGCCGCGGCGGCUGCGUCCUUCUCGAGGUCGUUUGAGUCUCCGCCUAGGCGGCGUUUAGCCGAUUCCCUCUUCGCGAGCUUCAAACUCCCACGCAAGAAAGACGGUAUGUCGCUGCAGCGCUCUCUAGCGCCGCACCCUCAGCAGAAACGCAAGUCUGCCGUCGAACUGCUAGCGGAGUCCAAGGCGUUCUACGUCAAGUCCGAAACUGUGUUGGAUAGGAAGCAGGAGCUGCCACUGAGGAUGAGCACUGGAUUGAGCCAGGCAAUAGCAGCUGGUGGUUGCCACCUGGUCAGCUCCGGAGCCCUAAACAGUGAUGCCUGUUGUAAUCCUUACGCGACCACGAGAAGUAUGGGAAGCACAAGACGAGCCGUGAGUGCUGGUGAAGGUCUUCAAAACACCCUGAGAAGAUUGCUGGAACACUCGGACAGCAGGGAGAAUGUCUACUCGCCUGCUUAUGCUACGCACAAACUGUACGCGGAGAGUAGACGUCUAAAAGACUCGUAUCCAGAGCGGGAAUUCAAUCCUCGCUCUCAGCACACCUCCGGCACUUUUUCCGGCACCUCUUCAUCAGGGACUUCAGGGUCGAAAGCACACAAGUCGGACCCUGAGAAGAUGAGUAGACCUUUAAGCUUCGGCGACGCGAGGGUGUUCUUCCCAGAGUCUUUCGUUAUACCCCGCCAGCGGGCCAGCGAGGUCGUCAUAAAGAGCGGGUUUUCGAUACCGAGUUCCCAAUCGAGCCCCGAGAACAUAGAAUUGCCUGAGCCAGUGAUGAGUGGAUCAGGAUCGCCCGCGGAUCAACUGGGAGCCAUAAGUCCGCCCGCGCAGUAUGCACAUUCUGCCCCAAGAUAUAUCAGAUCGAAUUCGCACUCCCAGCCGAGCGUGCGCGAAGAGGACGGAUGCAUCAACAUCAACAGCCACAAAUCCUUGCCCGACCUUCAUGCGCAGGCGAGAGGAUAUACUGAGCACACCACCACCGUGCCGACGGAAACGAUAGGCUCCAUCGGACGAUCUCCGCGACGUCGGCGACACUCCAACCACCAGCGGACCGCUUCCUGUUCCUCCAAGGGCACCAGAUCGAACCAUUCGUCGCUGAUGUCAUCGUGCGAGGCGUUCUCGGAGCACCCAUCUCCGGGAGAAGAGAACUAUCAGUCUUAUAACAGUCGUUGCGGCUCCUCAUUCGCCCGAGACUCAGGCGGUUCUAGCGGCCACUAUACACAACGAAGUGCCCCGCCUCACGCGCGACGCCGCACCGACUCUGGCUCCUCUACGCAGCACGAGCACAGCCGCUACAACGCAUACUAUGGCGGUGGCGGCGAAUCACUCGAAUGCUACGUAUCGGCGCCGCCACAAUUCCAAGAUGGCGCGCCCUCCCCCCCUCCGCACCCGCCCGCGCCCUACCCGCCUCAAGCGAGAGUUGGGAUACACUUCCAGGCCAGUGCCCCCCCGCCCCAGUUUCAAGACGAGCCAGUGUACGACUACGGAGACUACGAGUGUACGUACAAGACCCCCCUCAAAUGUCUCAACGUAGGAAGGAAAGACUACACCAACACUAAGGAGUACACCAGAUACCACGAACCAAGUUUGGAACUGGUAAGCAAGCAGCCGCAGUACCAGGAGCCGCGCCUGCGCCCGCGCCUCGACGACACGCAGGAGUACGUCAACACUGCGCAGAUUUGUCCGACCGAGGAAGUGACGUCACCACUAGGCACUUUCAAAAGACAGCGGUGUUUGCGGUACAAGCAGCGACGACCGAGGCCCAUACUGCGCUCCAAAUCUGACAUAUCUGAUAGGUACCGUCGCGCUGAAGUGUCAUCAACCGUCUCUGCAACGUGCGACGGCGACCAAUCCGCGACCGACAGUCGGUCCGAGGAGUCGUUGCGAUUGCAGCAAUUCUUCGAGCACUUGGGCCUGGAGCCGCGACAAUUCGACGCUAUAGUUCGUCACCCACCCGCUGACAGUCCCGUGUUCUUCUCGUCCGCCUCCAGUAUAGACUCCAACCAUCCACCCACUGCUGACUAUACGGUACAAGGACCGGGUGCCCCGAAACAAAUAUACCGCAAUACGGAACCCCCGAGCGUGGUGGAACGAAACGCACGCAUCAUCAAAUGGCUCUGCCAGUGUCGCAAAACGCAAAUGCAACCCCCACAUUAGUGACCCGCGAAUAAUAAUAAUAUUUAAGGUUCUAAUUAGAACAGCCAGAGUACGGAGUUUAUUACCUACUUUAUUUUACUGUAUGAUUUUGAAACAUUAAAAUAAUUAUAACGAAGACAAUUACAUCAUGAAAAAAAAUGUAAUCAAUACAAUAAAUUAGCUUGUAAGCUAUUAGGAAAUCUCGCAAUAAUUACACAAUAGUAAUUUUAAAUAAAAAAUAAAGGCAGUCAUUCUCAAAGUGUUCUUUGUGGACCCCAUGAAGGGGUCGUUUAAUAUUAUUUAAAAAUUUAUAAUCCUGGAUUUUGGAUAUAGAAAAAUUGCAAUUUCUUUCUCUGGUUCGCAUGUUUAAAGUUGCAGUAGAUCUUGAACGUUCAGUUUUGAUAAUUGUAUGUAAUAAACAUACAUUGAUUGUUUGAAAUAAAGGUUGUAGAACUAAAUUUUCACCUUUAAAACUGUAUAAAUAAAGGUUGAGACGACUGAUUGUAGGUACUUUUCCCUGAACGAGUUAGUAUCAAUAUUAAAACAACUGAUUUUAAAUUUAAUUAAGUACCUAUUUAAGUGGAUCAUAGCAAGCGAAGACUAAUAGUGUCCAAAAAGUAUGAAGAAAAUAGGCAAUCCGAAUUUCUAAAUACCAACGGAAGUUCAUAGGAUAUAAAAUUAAUGUACUUAUGUCUAAACAAUUUGAAAACUUCUUUAAAGUGGUACUUACUACUAAACAUGUUCGAGACGAUAAUAAUUAUGAUAAAAUUAGCGGCAUCGCCAUCGACUGCUGAAUACUAAGCGAUUCUAGUUCAUUAGUUAGUUAGUCAUACUGUAACUUAGUUAUAUUACUAAUGAACGUGUUAAGACUAAAAUUUUAGAUACUACGUAGUAAGAUAAAAAUGAAUUACAUAAAAAAUAAUGGACAGAAAGGACCCAUCACAUUUAAUGUUUUUAUUGUAAAUGAUACACCUUAUUUUGUCAACUUAUGAAAACAUCGAGAUAGCCCUAAUCAUAUGUAUUUUUCUAAUAAUGGGAAUUAACAAAUUCUACCUAUAUAUUUAUAUAGAAAAGAAUCAUCUCAUAAUUUAUAUUUUAUCAAACAGUUUUUAAACUUAACAAUGUCUCAAGGACUUGGAUGUACAAUUUGUGAGCUUAGUCUAAAAAACUUAUUUUCUAAAAAGAGAUACAUAUUAUGAUAGUGUGACUAUCUCAUUGUCAAAGUUAAUGUUAAACGAACGAUUGCAUUUAAUUUGUAGUUAAAAUACUUACUUAAAAAUAAAAUAAUGUUGACCAAAAUGUUCUUGUGAUGACUUAGAUCUUACGCUCCAAGAAUGUCAUUAGUGUAACGAGUAUGCUGUCGAGAUGUUUUUAUUGUUAUUAUUAUAGGUAUAACAAAUUUUCUCAUAAAUUUAUUAGUAUUAAAAAAAAUACCCAAAACGUUUUUGUUCGCCUUCACGCGUUAUGAGGCUUAUAAUGUAAAUAAGAACCGAUUUAAAUAAAAUUGAAUAACCUAGAUUAUUUAAGUUGCGCUGAAUUUACAUUGAGCUUUCAAGUUUAUAUUCAUAAUAAAGGUAAUUUGAAAUAUGUCAGGCUAAUUCGAUCGAUCGAAACUUUGACAUUUAGUUGUGGCCUGUCGUACUAUUGUUAUUAAGUACUAUGUAUCUAACGUGAUUUUGUACGGUUUACUGUUAUACUAUAUCCAACCAGUGUUCGACGGAAAACGAAGCGUGUAUCUUUUCUUUUUUUCUGAAAUAUUUUUUUAGAAGCAAGUUUUUUUUUAAUUUGAAAAAUGUGGAUAUCAUUCGAGAGAAAUUACAACAUAAUAUUAGCUAAUAUAAUUUUAUAUGUUGCUUAAAAUUUGUUACAAAUCGGCGUUGGUAGUGAGCGUGGAAACCGAAUCACAAGUAUCGUAAUACCAUAGGUACUGUUAAAGUAUAAAUAAUGUUCCUGUUACGGAUUUGUCAUUGUUCUUAGUAAUCAUAUAUAUUUAUAAAUAUUUAUGUACCUACUUAUUUUCAAUUCAUGUAAAAUUUUAUUACCUGAUUAAGUAUUUAUUUUUAAAGAAGUUAUCUACCAUUACCCAGCUUUCUAAAAUCAAACUAAUAAUAUUUUUAUUAUAUCAAGGCCUAAACAAGAGAGAGAACUUAAUAACUUUGACUUAUCUUAAUGCUUAUUGCUUGUGUUGUACUGGAAACGAUAUUAUGCGAUGGAGUUUAAAACUGAAUAUUGUUGAUGAACUAGUUAAAUAAUAAUGAUGAAGCGUAUUUGACAAGUGUAGAUUAAAACCGACGUAUAAAUGUUUAAUGAUCUAUAAACCUUUUUGAUUUAAUCUAUUUAAAUUUCUUUGUUCUAGUACAUUUUUUAUUUUCUGCGUGUUAAGCAUUGCUGCUAAGGUCCCUUUUCUAGGGGUCGUUUGCAUUGAUAUGUUGAGAAGUGGUGAAUCGUGUCAUCAAUACAAUACCUUUUAGUCAUUCGUUACAUAAAAAAUAAUGUAUUACCUGGAUAUUUUCAAUUAAAAAGGUUCUGUUUUUUUCAGUGCCUAGGUAUUGUGUAAUAUUCUCUUAAUAAUAAUAAGACUGUUUUUUUCUCAUGUUGAUUAUAUGUAUAUUCUGUGAUAUGAGCGUUUUAUAAGUAACUGGCGUCUACUUGUACUUUUUCGUGGCUCAUCUUACUUUGAAGCAAUUUUAUUAAGGGCAUUUAUAAGAGUAAACUUAAUGAGAACAUUUUGAUAAUUAAUUUUAAACGCUUUUGUUGGUACAUUGUGUUAGGCUGAUAUAAGAAUAUUAAAACAUGUUGUGUUUAAAAAGUUCAAUGCAUAAACCUAUUACAUAAUAAUUGUAAUUUACUUGAGAGUUAGCGUAACAGUAUUAGAUCGUUCGCAUCGGAUGCUUCCAUUAUUUGUGUAAAUAAGAUUUACCUACGUAAAAUUGUUAGGAGUUUAUUGUGGAAAAUAUAUUGUGG